AUGGGCUCCGAAAACUACCCUCUUAAGAACAGUGGGAUUUACCACAACCUACCGACCUUUGAUCCGGCUCUCAAAGGUCUGACUGCGAUAGUCACCGGAGCCAAUGGAAUAUCAGGCUUUCAUACAAUGCGAGUACUGCUCGAGAGCCCUGAUCGUUGGAGCAAGGUUUUCGCGUUGUCUCGCCGACCGCCCCCCAAGGAGAUGAUGGCCUUGUUGAGCGAAGCACAGAGAUCCCGUGUCCAACAUGUCGCGGUGGACUUCCUGGAAGAUCCACAGAAAAUUGCAGACGCCAUGAAAUCAGCCAAUGUUAGUGCGGACUACAUCUUCUUCUACUCGUACCUGCAACCAAAGCCUCCGCCAGGUACCGCCGUAUGGUCCAAUGCUGAAGAACUCGUUAAAGUUAACAGUGCGCUCCUGGACAACUUUCUCAAGUCGCUCACUAUCUCUAGAAUCACACCAAAACGCUUUCUACUCCAAACGGGUGCAAAGAACUACGGCAUUCACAUUGGUCGCUCGCGGACACCAGCGAUUGAGUCUGACCCUCAGCCAGCCCAUCUUGAGCCAAACUUCUAUUACCCACAAGAGAAAUCGCUUUUCGAAUACUGUAAAAGCAACAACACGCACUGGAAUGUCAUCCGUCCAGCUUGGAUUCUUGGUGCUGUGAAUAAUGCACAGAUGAAUGCAUUGCUACCCUUCGCAUACUACUCUGCUGUUCAGGCGCACAAGGGCGAACCGCUCUAUUUCCCUGCUGACUUUGAUGUUUGGCAAUAUGAGUCACACCACUCGUCUGCGAUGUUGACCGGAUAUCUAUCGGAGUGGGCUGCUUUAGAGGAUAAGUGUAAGGACGAAGCAUUUAACUCCCAAGAUGGCGGGCCAAUGACAUGGGAUCGCUUCUACGAGGAACUGGUGAGGUGGUUCGGCGUGGAAAAGGGUAUUGUACACCCGGAGGAAGAUCUUUCCAAGUUCACCGUCAUCGAGGGAAGGAAGGGUAAAGACACACCUAUGGGUUAUGGACCCGCGCCAGAGAUCCGUACUUUGUGGACUCUUGUCGAUUGGGCCUCGAAACCUGAGAACGCAAAAGCAUGGGAAGAGUUGAUGAGUGCCUCUGGAGGGCAAUUGACCGAUAAUCCUUUCAAGGACGUCGCUGCCAACUUUGCCUUUGGAGAUGCCGCCUUCAUCAAGGUUCAGAGUAUGAACAUGAACAAGGCGAAGAGACUAGGAUGGACCGGCUUUGUGGAUACUAUGGAAGCUCUCUUCGAGAUGUAUUAUGAAAUUGGAAAGCUUGGAAUGGUUCCUAAAAUGAAGGUGGACAAAGCGAAGCCCCUAAUCUAG